CUGGGGUGAGGGAGCCGGCGGCCCCGAGCGAUCCGGCUGUCCCAGUAUCGAAGGAGGCUUUCUCAGGCUCCGGCGUUCGUUCCGAGUGGGGAUCGGCAUGUCUCAGAAAAAGAAAGGCCGAGGCCUUCCCCGCGCUAGCGGCGGCGGCGGCGGCGGCGAUGGCGGCGCCAGCUCCAGCGGCCUGAGCGGCAGCCGCGAUGCGAGCGACGGGCCCAGCACCAGCACCAGCGGCGGCGGCCUCGGCUUCUCCCGAGCCCACGUCCAGGCCCUAGCCCAGGCCCUGGCCCAGGCGGGCCCCUCGCAGGUAGAUGAUGACGUCAUGGAGGAGGCGGGGUGCGAGGAGCCCGGGCCCACUGCGACCCCGCCGAUGCCCUCCACCUCGUCGUCGUCGUCCUCCUUGUCCUCCCAGGCCCAGAAGAAGCCGGCCAGGCGCACCGAGGCCCAGAUCCAGCAGAAGGUGAACGAGUUGGUGCAGUUCCUCUUGGUGAAGGACCAGAAGAAAGUGCCCAUCCGCCGUGCCGACAUGGUGAAGACCAUCCUGCAGGACUACAAAGACCUGGUCUCCGUGAUCAUCAAGCGCGCAGGCCAGACCCUCGAGGAGGUCUUCGGCCUGCAGCUCAAGGAGAUAGACCAGAAGCACCAUGCCUACAUCCUCAUCAACAAGCUGGAACGCCUGGAGGGGGAUGGCAUGAGGAACGAUGAAAGCGUGGCCAAGAUGGGCCUCCUCAUGGUGAUCCUGAGCCUCAUCUUCAUGAAAGGCAACUCGGCCAGGGAGUCCUUGGUCUGGGAAGUGCUCAAGAAGCUUCGGGUGGAUCCAGAGAAAAGGCACAACACCUUCGGGGAUGUGAAGAAGCUUGUCACGGAAGAGUUUGUUCGUCAGAAAUAUUUGGAGUACAAUCUAAUCCCCCAUACCGAGCCUGCAGAGUAUGAAUUCCUCUGGGGACCCAGAGCUGCCCAUGAGACGAGCAAGAUGCAAGUCCUUCGCUUUGUGGCAAAGAUUCAGAAUCGGGAGCCUUCCAGCUGGGUGUCCCAGUAUAACGAAGCCCUCCGAGAUGAAAUGGCAUCAGCUUCUGCAUCUGGCUCUAAUUCGUCUGGCAACUAAAUCACCCAUGCCAGUUUCAGGUACCAGCAAGCAUUUUCCAGUCUGGUAUCAAGACAGCAGAAAGUCCCCAAGUUUUGAUAGCAUACAUGCAUAUGAACCACAGGCUGAGAACCUUUUACCCUCCAUAGUCCAACAUGAUUCAACAUUUUUCCUCUUCUCUGUACCUGAUCCAGGGACUUUGUGGACACACUUUCCUGAAUUGAACUACUACUUCCUCUUCCCCAGAUUGGCUAAAGACUUUCUAACACAAACCCAUUGCUUCAAGGACCUGGCCUCCCUUAGGCCUAGGGGAGCUUUCCUAGCCUUGAACCCAUCCAUGGACAGCAUUAUUAAACUAUCUCAGACAUAUGCCAAGCCUGUGUUUCCUUUUCGGUUAAUAAAUUUCAUAUGCAUUCA